AUGAACAGGCUGAUUCUGAACAAAGCAACUUCAUCAAAUGAUGAACCUACUCCGGGUUACUUAUACAAUGAAAUAUCUCAGAUAGCGUUUUGUUCCAAGGAUUCUUUGAAUUUUGUGGGUGAAUAUUUAAUAAAGAAAUUACAGAGAACAGACUUAAAUGUAAAAUUAAAAACGUUGAAAAUAUUAAAGCAUUUAUGUGAUAAGAAAAGAUCUGAUUUUAGAAUCUUUUUAAAAAAGAAAAUAGACUUAAUUAAGGAAUGUCAAAAUUGUAAUAUAGUACAUGACGAAUUAAAAGGUGAUACUCCAUCUAUGUUAGUUCGUAAGGAAGCUACGGAUUUAAUAAAAGUAAUAUAUUCAUAUGAUGGUGCAGACAAUAAUGUAAAGAAUUCAGUAAGUAAUAGUCAAGAUAUGAUGAAAAAUAACAGAAUAGAAGGUUUUGGUAAUUCUGUAUUUGAGAAGUAUAAUAAUGGAGUUAGCAAUAGUUAUACUAGUCCUACUUCUGCCAGUGCCAAUAGCAUGGAAUACAAUUUAAAUGCAAAUAAUUCCACAAUGAACAAAUUUAAUAAUCGAAAUAAUUAUAUGAGUAAAAUGUUGGGUUUUGGUAAUCCAUAUUUUAACCAAAACCCUGUUCAAAAAACCAAGGGAGAAAUAGCUAUGAAAUAUUUAAAUGAAGUUGCAAAUAAAUACAUUCCCUCUUCUUUUGUAAAUAAAAUUAAUAAAGUUAGUGCGUCUAUUUCAAAAAAUUAUGCAAACGGUUCUUUGAAUAUACAGAGCAUAAUGAAUGGUAAUGCUUUUAGUAGAAAUUUUGAAAAAAGUUAUAUGAGGCGUAAGGAUAAUUUUAACAGUUAUGGAGGAAAUUGUAGCGGAAACUACGGAGGAGGGGGGUACAUUGGAACUUGCCAUCCUAAUUUUAACAAAAUGGAAAAGGCAAGAAAACCUCAGGAAUCGCAAGCUUCAGGAAUAUAUGAAGCGAAAAUUAUAGAUGAUGUUUUAAUGACUACUGGAAUUAAUAAAGUACCAUGUGAAAAUUUAUUAAACGAAUUUUCUCAAAAAUGUGAAACAUUAGAUACAAAAGUAAUUGUGUCUAUUUUGACUUCAAAAUUAAAAAGUAAAUUUACAGAUGAAGAAGAGACAUGGAAAUAUAAAUUCAAAGUUUUAUGUGUUAUAAGGCAUCUACUAAUUCAUAGAAAAAAAAAAGGAAAUGAAAAAGUUAUAGAAACGUUAGAUUUCUUAAUACAAGACUUGAAAAAUCAAACUUUGGAAGAGUUGUACAAAUGCAAAGAAAUUAAACAGUUAAAAAAGCAUGUCAUCGAAAUAUUUGUUUUGAUGGGAUUGCAGCAAAAACCUUCUACUGAAAAGGAGUCUGUAAAGAAAGAAUUCAAAAAAACUGUAGAAAUCCCAAAUUUACUAGAUAUUGAUGAUGAAUUUCCCUUACCUAGUAAUAAGCAUGAUACUAAUAGUGCUAUGCGUGGUGGCGGCAUGACCGAUAGAAUAAGCAUCAGAAAUAGCGAUACAAAUAACAAUAACUAUAACAAUAACCAUAGCAGUAGUACUGUUCCCAGUAGAAGCAACAUUAAUAUUAAUAAUUUUAGCCCAAAUAACAAUAUGAACAGUUUUGACCUGUUUCAUCACGACACAAAAGAUAUUAAACAAAAUUGCCAAGAGAGUAUAAGAAAAAAAAAAUAUAAUGAAAACAAGGAUUACCAUAAUGAUGAUUUUUUAAUGAAUAGCCAGACCGAUAAGAAUAACGAAUUAUUUAGCAGCUUAAAUGUUAAGAAUUUAUCUCAAAUGAAUAUUAAUAUGAGUAAUAAAAAUGGUGAUACAAAAUAUAGAAACAUGUCAACAUCAAAAAAUGAAGAAAGAGAUUAUAUAAGCCAAACAACAAACAGUAUAGUAAAUGCUCCUACCAAAAUAAAAAAAAAUUGUAAUAACAAUUUAAUUUUCUUAGAUAACAAAAAUAAUGAUUAUAAUCAGAAAGGGGGUCAGACAAACACACUGUCAUACAACCAAAGUAAUCUAAAUGAUGAUGAUAACAUUUUAAGCUUCGAAAAUGAUAAUAUUAAACAUCCUUAUAAAAGUAAUAACAAUCAAAUUAAUUUCCUAUGGGAGAAUAUGCAGAGUGCGAGCACACAUAUAAAUGACUUGAGCCAUUUAAAUAUUGGUAAUCCUGACAAGAGUGUAGCAAAUAAUUAUGACCACAUUAAUAAAAAAUGCGAACUUAGUAACCAUUCGAAUAAUGAUAUAAAUGCAUUAAUAUCCGGAGAUAAGGAAAGACACCCGUUUGAUAAAAAGAAUUUACAGAAUAUAGAAAAUUCUAAAUAUAACAAUGAUUUUAGUUUAAUAGACAUAAAUGAAAAUAUCUGUAGUGGAACAAGGAGAACUUUUGACAAUGCAGAUAUGGAUGGGAACAUGCAUAAUUUGAAAAAUGAAUCAUAUAUAGACGGAGCAACAAAUUAUAGAAACCAUAAUAAUGCUUCUGCAAUAAGUAAUAAUAAAAGCAAAUAUAAUACAAAUAAAGUGUCAGAUAGUUUUGAGAAUUCUCUGAACAAUUCGAUGAAAAUUGAUGAUGACCAAAUAAAUAAUUUUUUUACCUCCUUCACUAUAACGUCCACAAAGACAGAGGAAUCCAACACAAAACCGAAUGUAAAAUUGGAUGCAUUUGAGUUGUUAGCAGACCAGCUGAAAUUAUAG